GCGAAAGGUCCUGCGUCCUGUGCGAAAUCUGCGCUACAAUUGCCCCCGCCGCCUGGUUGAUCAGCAUUGGUCUCAUUGCGACAACGCGCGCGCGUGUGUGUGUGUGCUCUACGCUUUCCGUUGCCGAUCACCACGCAUACAUACACUCGGUGCCGCAAUCUGUCAGGCAGCACUCACGGUCCGUCGUCAGUGGCACAGACACGCUUCCAUCCAUUCCCCUUGUGUCGCAAGCACCUAUAGGGGAGACAUUCUCCUGGCCUUGCCGUGUCUUUCCACAUUGGACUGACCCGCCCAGCUAUUCAUCCCCCAUCUACAUCGCUCGUCGUACAGUGUACGCAUAGGCCAGCGGCAAGUAAGACAACCAUGACAGGAGCAACGAGCGUCCUACCAUCUCAGGCAGUGCCCAGCAUUGGCGGCGCAGGCGCUGCCAUCCAGGCAUCCUCGUCGCAGUUCCACCCUUCAUCCUCGUCCUCCACCGCCUCUCCCUCCACCGCCUCUCCCUCCACCGCCUCUCCCUCCACCGCUGCCAUGUUCGACUUGCAGCAGCAGCAGCAUCCCAAAGGUAAGGCAGCCGUCGGCGGGCAGUCACAUGCGCACCGGCCCGUUUCGGCCAUGCCCGCCCCGCGCACCGGCGGCCCGAGCCCGAGCCAGGGCCAGGGAGACAGCCCGCAGCCAGCAGCCAACCGCGCCAUCCCCGCCGCCGCCGCCGCCGCGGGCGGCACAGCUGCCGCAGCUUUCGCCAACAUUGUCAAUAGCCAACCGUACACGGACCGCCGCAACUCGGCGCACCCGGUCCUUAUUAACGCCCCCUCUUCGCGGCCGCCAGGUGCGGCUGCGGGCGCCGGCACCUCGACGGCCAUCGCCGCCGCCGCCGCCUCGGGCGGGAUCGACGCGCAGACGGCGCAGGCCAUCCUCUCGCACGGCAUCCCCAUCACGUCGCCCGCGGCGAUGCAGUACUUUGCCGCGCACCCGCGCCGGCAGCAGGUGCAUUUUGGCAACUACCUCCUCCUCCAGACUCUCGGCGAAGGCGAGUUUGGGAAGGUUAAGCUCGGCGUGCACAAGGAGUGGGGCGAGGAGGUUGCCGUCAAACUCAUCAAGCGGGACCGCGUCGCCAGCAGCGGCAGCCCGGAAGCCGGCGGCGGUGGCAAGGACCCCAGCAAGAUGAGUAAGGUUGAGAGGGAGAUCCAGGUGCUCAAGGAGGUGAGGCACCCAAACAUUGUCCGCCUGUAUGAAGUCAUCGAGUCAGACAGAUACAUCGGCAUCGUGCUCGAAUACGCCUCAGGUGGCGAGCUGUUCGACCAUAUCCUGGCCCACAAGUACCUACGCGAGAAGGAUGCGUGCCGGCUGUUUGCGCAGCUGAUCAGCGGCGUGCACUACCUACACCAAAAGCAGAUCAUCCACCGCGACCUCAAGCUGGAGAACCUGCUGCUAGACCGCAAUCGCAACGUGAUCAUCACCGAUUUUGGCUUUGCGAACAACUUUGGCGACAAGCGCAACGAUCUCAUGGCCACCAGCUGCGGCAGCCCCUGCUACGCCGCGCCGGAGCUUGUCGUGCAGGACGGCCUAUACGCCGGCUCCGCCGUCGAUGUGUGGUCAUGCGGCGUGAUCCUGUACGCGAUGCUUGCCGGCUAUCUCCCUUUCGACGAUGAUCCAGCUAACCCAGAUGGAGACAACAUCAACCUUCUGUACAAGUAUAUCAUGGCCACGCCCCUCAGCUUCCCAGACUACAUCACUGCCGAGCCGCGCAGCCUGCUCAGCAGGAUGCUCGUCCCCGACCCACUCAAGCGCGCAGACCUGCAACAGGUCAUGCGCCACAGCUGGCUCGCGGCGUACAGGGACUUGUUCACUUUCAGCGUUGACGACCUUGAGCGUGCCGCCAUCGAACAACAGGCCAAGAAGCGCCAGGUGUACAGGCAGCAGAUGAUGCUCCAACACCAAAUCCAGGAACAGCAGCAGCAACAGCGCGACGCCGCCAAACACGCCUUGCAGCGCGGCGACAGCGUGCGCGAGGUCUCCUCGUCUGAUGCGACAGCGAGCCCGAGGGCGCAGCGUCACCAGAGCGCCAUGCCCUCCACCAUGGCACCACCCAGCACGACCAUCGCGGUGCCUGGCGCCGCGGAUGCAACGCCGACAACCCCGUGCAUCUCCUCGGCUGGCGGCACCAGUCGCUCAGGCGCGCCACCUGAGGCAGCAGCAGCUGCCACGGCGGCUGCGCGCGGCGGCCGCGCGUACGAUCCUGUCACUGCGCAAGGCGAUGCGCGCGGCGAGCCGCGCUCGCGCAUCAGCCUUGAGGGCGAUCAUGCCGCGCUCUCACCCUCGACCUCAGCCACGAGCGCAACUGCGACCGCGACAUCGACAUCGACCCCGCGCAAGUCCGCUGUCGCCUCUGCCCAGCGCGAGAGGGAGCCCCAGCAGCAGCGCAAGCCCGCGGCGCAGAAAACGCAGCGGCACACGAUCCAGCUCGAGUAUACCGGCGGAGACCAAGCGCAGCAGCAGAAGCGCAAGAAGGAGCAUGCACAGCCUGCCCCACCCUCGCCUGCAGCCGAUACAAUCGCGAAAAAGAUCGGCCAGUCACCGGCCACGACGGGCGCAUCCCCUACCAAGUCUCUCUCGACGCCUUCUGCAUCUGGUUUCGCGCCCAUCCUGCCCGCUUCCGCUGCUGCGCAUGUCGCCGCGUCCCCCGUUGCCGUGCCCGGUACCGAAAGCACUGCCGACUGGACCGUCGCAAGCACAGGACCCGUCAGCGUGCUCGGCGCAGAUAUCAACGUCCCAUCGCCUAUCCAGGAGCAGCAGUCAUCGCCCCUCCCGCAGACUGCGACGUCGACGUCGACAUCGGCGGCGGCGGUGACACCCAAGCCGACCGCUUCGGCAGAACAGCUCAGCCAGGCUAACACAACGCCCGCGCCGAUUUCAGAUGCGCUCGCCACGACCAGAGUACCAUGCCUCGACGCCGCAGCCAACAGUAACAACAACAACAACAAUGAGCGGCGCGGCAGUCGCAUCGUGUCCGACAGCAAUGCACGGCACGCUUCCAAAGUCUCACUCGCUUCGCGCACCAACAUCGGCGCUGGUGGACCGCCGCACGCAGCUUCGACCGGCGCGGCGACAGAUAGCAGCAGCGACAAGAUCAGCGCGCGCCAUCGCAAAGGCCUGUCGCGCGACAACUCGUUCUUCUCGCGCUUGCUCAGCGGCUCGCAUGGGCAGAACGGACUCGCGGCGCCGCCCUCGUCGACGUCGAUUUCGAUAGAGCCGUCCGCCAGCGACGACGGGCGUGGUGGUGCUCGCGUCGUCUCGAACGCCAGCACGACCGGAUCGGGCAAGUCCUCUUCGUCCUACGCUCGCAGGAAGGCGAUGAGUCUCGUCGUCUCUAGGUUUGGCGACGCCAACAACUCGCCCGCGAACAAGGACCGGGAAUUGGCCACCAAUGGCACCAUCGCUGACGAUGCGAAGAGCGAGCGGCGUUUCACCGGAAGGCUGCGCGCCAAGGACACGAACUCUGACUCGCAGCGCGUGCCGCUCACACUCACCGUGUCGAACAGCGGAAGCGCAUUCAGACAGAGCGUCAUCCCUCGCCCGCGUCAACGUCAACCGCAGGUGCAUCAAGACGAGGACCUCGACGAAGGCGCAACGACGAUGGGCUCGACGAACGCUGCGAAGAAGGUGAUGGAUUGGUUCAGGAAAAAGUCGCUCGCCAAGGGCACGUUCGAUGAACAGCCGCCGCUUGGCCCAUUCGAGCGACUUGAUCAGUCAGGCGGUGCGCCGCGUGUCGUCGUCACUGCAUCCGGGCCAUCAGUCAACGGGUCAGCAGCCGCAGCCGCGCCCGUGCCGACACCCGCCCGCUCAGCACAGAACGAAUCGUCUGGUCCUUCCAGUCGCUCAACGUCCGGCACGCACAGCUACCUGAGCCACGACACACACACGACGGCAGACAGCCAGUCCACCGGUGUCACAAAUGCGACGACUGUGACGAACGCCUCGACGACGCAGCCUCGAACCGCCAACAAGUCGGCGCUCCCGGCUGUCGAGGAUUCGAACGAUACACCGCGGGUAUCGGCAACUGGCGUCGACGGUCUCGGGCUACCGCAGCAGCAGCUAUCGUCAACCGUGCCAUUCGACGACACCAUCUUGCGGCAGCACGUCGGCGCGGUCGACCAGACCGCACUGACGUCCUUGCCGCCGCCGGAUAUUCUUGCGCGCGUGCGCGAGGCGUUGACCAGCAUGGGCAUUGACUUCCGUCUUGCCUCUGGCGAAGACUUCAAGCUGGAGUGCCUGCGUCAGAAGCGUACGGCCAAGGCUCUGCAGGGGAUCGGGUCCAGCAUCCGCACCUCUGUCUUCCCGCCUUCUCAGGCCGAGAUCGAGCGCUCCAGCAAGCCGCCAUCGUCGCCCAUGUCACCGAGUAUGUCGAGCGCCGGGAGCAUUCGUAACUUCUUGCGGCGUGGCAGCAGCCAGCAGUCUGGCAUCAUGCAAACCCCAUCUGUCGGUGCCGGGAGCGGCUUCAUCAACGGCAACAGCAGUAAUACCAAUAGCUUGCCGACGCUGUACGGAGAGGCGAGCGUCGAUGGUGGGCAAGAGGUGCGCUUCUCGGUUGAGAUCACGAAGAUCAAGAAUCUGCCGGGUCUGUACAGCUUGGACAUCCGACGCAUGCGCGGUAAUGUCUGGGCGUACAAGUUUUGCUACACGGCUCUCCUGCAGCGUUGCAACCUCAGCGGGCAAGGAAUCGCUCUUUGAAAAGGCAGCAGGCCCUUGGUUCGUCCUCCUCUGAGUACCCAGCCAUCUACCUGCUGUGGAGCUUUUCUCCAUUUCACCACAUUGUCCUCCCUUUAAUCGGUUCCCUACUUCACAACACAUACAUAAACACGGCGCUCCGAAUCCACCGCAGAUCAAAAGGCAUACAAGCACACCCACAAAUCAAGAAUCAAAGACGAAGAUUAUCGUAGUCGCUCCUCAGGCAUCAUUGAUACCCUACCCGUUCAAUGAACAUCGAUCGUCCGUUCCGCGUCCUAUCAAGCCAGGACGUGCGCUCCAUCUCUCGAUCCU